AUUUGUUUAGAAUUCUUUUACAUUAUUUUUAGGCUUGACCGAUGCAAUUACACUGCAUCUUGGUUGUAUGUGUGGACGGAUACUUCAUAAAAGAAUGAGACGAUUAUUCCUUGCUUCUUCUGCUUCGCAUAUCUAAACUUGUGUGUACAAACUGAAAUCUAUCAUUGGUAUCAGAGAGUCAGAGACACCGUGACUUGCUUCUGCAAGAAUGGCGAACGGAGAAGACGGAUCAACUUGCGGAUAUACUCCGGCGAAAAUCGUCUGCACUUCAAUUUUUUCCUUGAAUCAACAUGGAAAAAGGGCUAAUUCAGGAAUGCCAUGAGGCAAAACCCCUGCCAAUGCACAUGUUGCAGUAGCCGUACCCAUCAAUAAAACUCCAUUUGGGAAGGUAGUGGCGGCCAGGCAACACCUUUGCUCGAUUUUACUUUUGAGCAAUGGAAUACACUAUUAUCGGUCUUUGGUAAUUUGUCCCACUCUAAUGAUCAGAUGGCUGAUAAGUUUGAUAAAAAUGCAUGGAUUAUUGAUACGGGUGCUACUAACCAUGUGUGUGAAAAUCUGACAUUUUUGUGUCAGAUUAAAUCUAUUGAGCCUUGCUCCGUUGGUUUACCUGAUGGACAGACUGUCAUGGCCACUCAGGAAGGGCGAGUAAUAUUGUCUGAUAAUUUUUAUUUAAAUAAUGUUCUAUAUGUCCCUGAGCUGAGUUGCAAUCUUAUAUCGGUAUCCCAAACGAGUGACCAGCUAGAUUGUUUUGUCCAGUUCACUUGUCACUUGUGUGUUAUACAGGAUCAUCUUUCGAGGAGGCUGAUUGGAACGGGUGAACGGCGAAAUGGACUCUACUAUUUGCGUGAGGAACCUUCAGCGUAGAUUUUGGCAAUAAGAGAAUCAAAGAAUUUGAUUGUGGACUUGUGCCAUCUUCACGAGUAAUUGAACAUUUGGCUCCCGUAAGUGGUGCGAAAUUUGUUGGAAAUUCACCUUGUGAUGUUUGUUUUAAGGCUAAGCAAACUAGGGAUUCUUUUCCUACUAGUAGUUUGAAUAAAACGAAUGCCAUUUUUGAAUUGAUACAUUGUGAUUUGUGGGGUCCAUAUAAUACCCCAUCUUCAUGUGGUGCUAGACAGUUUUUGACAAUUGUGGAUGAUUAUUCUCGUGUCGGGUGGGUUUACCUGCUUAUUGAUAAAAAGGAAGUUUUUAA